AUGUCUUUCGGCGGCGGCUUCGGAGGCUUCGGCCAAAAUACCAACAACAACACCGCCACCCAGUCUACAGGUUUUGGUGGUUUCGGUGCGAGCAAUAAUAAUAACAACACUUCAGGCUUUGGAGCUGCCAACACGGGUGGUUUUGGCCAAACCAACGCCAGCUCUGGUGGCCUUUUCGGAGGCGCCAAUAAUAAUACCACAGGCAGCUUCGGCUCAACGACCGGAGGUUUUGGAGCGACAAACAACGCAGGCGGCUUUGGAGCCAAACCUGCCUUUGGAGCUGCUGCUACCAACACAGGCACCGGUCUCUUUGGCGGUGCCGCUACAAACACCAACACCACCGCAAGCACUGGAUUCGGAGGGUUUGGAGGCGCUGCAACCAACACCACGUCGGCAUUCGGUAGCAGUACAGGAGGCGGCAUGUUUGGAGGCAGCACAGCCAACAAGACUGGCUUUGGCGCUACGCCUGCCGCUGGUGGAUCGCUCUUUGGCGGAGGCGCCAACACUACGACCAAUACUGCGAGUGGUUUUGGUACAGGAUUUGGAGCUUCAAACACCAACACACUGGGCGGCGCCGCAGGCGAUCCUCCCGGUACCGCUGUUACACCCUUCCAAGCACACACCGAGAAGGAGGCCAACAGCACCUCAACCAACAACUACCAGAACCUGCUUUUCCAGGACGCUUACAAGAAAUGGUCAGCUGACGAACUUCGACUCGCCGAUUAUGUUCAAGGAAGGCGGCAUGGCAAUGCCACUGGCGGUGGUGCGUUUGGCGUGAGCUCAGGUUUUGGUGGAGGAUUUGGCACUAACACGAACACCACUGCUACUUCAGGUUUCGGAGCAAACACAGCGACCAACACAGGCGGUGGUCUUUUCGGAUCUACCACAAACAACAACGCCGCACCUGCCAGUACUGGAUUUGGCUCCACUGGCUUUGGCGCAGCCGCCAACAACAACACAUCAGGUGGAGGGUUGUUUGGCAACACUGCGAACAAGCCUGCUGGAGGUCUCUUUGGCAGCACCACCACACAGACACCUCAGGUUGGUGGUGGUCUUUUCGGAGGAGGAGCAAACACCAACACAACUGGUGGUUUCGGCCAAACGGCCACUGCAGGAACCGGUUUUGGCCAGACGAACACCAACACUGGUGGUGGUCUCUUCGGAAACACCCAGAACAAGCCUGCCGGUACCGGGUUCAGUUUCGGUAACACAAAUACCAACAACACUGCUACUACUGGUGGUUUCGGCGCUACCACGACGACUAGUGGGUUUGGAGCUAACAACACUGCUACGAAUACUGGCGGUGGCCUUUUCGGCGGCAAUAACAACACUCAAGCUGCUGGUACUGGCGGUGGCCUCUUUGGCCAGAGCAACAACCAAGCCCAGCAAAACACUGGAACUGGGAUGUUCGGCCAGAACAACCAAACACAACAGACGGGUGGAAUGUUUGGCCAGAACCAGCAGAAGCCUGCAGGCACUGGGCUGUUUGGCAAUACCAACACUGCCGCAGCUGGCACUGGCGGUGGCCUCUUUGGCAACAACCAGCAACAGACGAACACGACUGGCUUUGGUGCUGCUAAUAAUAAUGCUUCGGGUGGUUUGUUCGGUAACAAGCCUGCUGCUACCGGUGGAGGCAUGUUUGGAGGCAGCACUGCGGCCCAGCCCAACACGACUGGUACUGGGCUCUUUGGCGGCCUGGGCUCUAACAACCAGGCCCAGCAGAACACCGGCACAGGCCUCUUUGGCAACACUGCUAAUCAGCAGCAGAAGCCUAGUCUCUUCGGUGCGAGCACAAACAACACUGGAGGCGGUAUGUUCGGUGGCCAGCCCAACCAGAACGCCGGUUCUUCCCUGUUCGGUGGCAGCACAAACCAGCAGCAACAGCAGAAUGGAUCUUCGAUCCUUGGCAACAGCCAGUCUGCCAAUGCUCCUCAGAGUCUGACUGCUAACCUCAACGAUGUCUCUGCAUUCGGUUCUCCUGGCCUGUUCGCUGGCUUGGGCGGAAACGAGGUCCAGAACCCUGGCCCUCUUGCUACUCCAUUGAGUGGUGGCUCAAAGCCUCGAAGAAGCUCUAUCCUGCCCAUGUACAAGUUAGCUCCUGCCUCCGCUUCUCGCUAUGCCACUCCCCAAAAGCGAGGAUUCGGCUUUUCCUACAGCAACUAUGGAACUCCCUCGGGCAGUCCAGCUAGCAGUAUUUCCAGCACACCUGGUAAUCUGGGCCACAGCCUACUAGGUUCCAGCCGAUCAGGGAGCCUGAGCAAAAGUCUUUCUUCCAACAACCUCCGUCGCAGCUUCAACACUGAGGACAGCAUCUUAGCUCCUGGAGCUUUCUCUAAUGGAUCGCAGCCCAGAUGGUACGGCAGCACUGGCUCCAAGAAGCUUGUCAUCAACAGAGAUAUUAGAAGUGAUCUCUUUUCUACGCCGCAGAAGGACAAGGCAACCGAUUCCGGAACUGGAUCUCGCAAGCUUUCGAAGCGUGUUAGUUUCGACACUAGCAAUGUCGACAUGGAGGAUAGCACUCCCGUUCGUGCUCUUCCUGCUGCGAGCGAUGUUGAUAGCCCGGCCAACGACGAGACUCCCCGCCAGACCCGCGUGGCCAAUAGCUCAAAUGGUUUGAUUGGGUCCAAGACUCCUGAGAUGGAAGAGGUUAAGGGCAACGAACUGGCCAUCGUUCACGAGGAGGACCACACAGCUACCCCAGAGGCUGCCUCUCCUAGCGCUCUUGAUAAAGCUCCCGGCCAAUACUGGAUGUCUCCUCCUUUGGAAGAUCUAGAAAGCCUUAACCGUAUGCAGCGACAAAAGGUUGAUGGAUUCACUGUUGGACGCGAUAAUGUCGGGUACGUUUCUUUCAAGGUCCCUGUCGACAUUAGCAAUAUCGAUCUUGCCGACCUUUGUGGAGGCUUGAUUGUCCUCGAGCCCCGAUCCGCUACUGUCUACCCCAUUUCCGCCAAGAAACCCCCUGUUGGAAAGGGCCUCAACGUCCCUGCCCGAAUUGCCCUCGAGCAGUCUUGGCCUCGAGGUGGUCGCGAUAAGCGUGUUGCUAGUGACCCCAAGAAGUUUAACAAGCACAUUGAGCGUCUUAAGCGAAUCGAGAACACAACAUUCGAGAGCUAUGACAAGGACACUGGCAUUUGGGUCUUUUCGGUUGAGCACUUUACUACUUAUGGUCUCGAUGAUGACGACUCUGACGACGAGGAGAUCACCCAGAACGAGGCUGUCCCCGCUCAGGAGAUGGCUCUCGAUGCCUCUAUUAACUCCGCCAACUCCCCCAUGGAAGACGAUACUUUUGAAUUCCGCCGGCAACGAGCUCUGCCUGGUGGAUUUGAUGAUCAACCGCAAGCUUUCCAACCUGGCUUCCCCGGCACGCAGUCUUUUUUAGGGGUUAGCUCCGCGGAUUCUGCACCUAACGAUGUCAGGCUGUCCCUUGAAGAGGAGUACGCCGAUGACAUGGGUGACGAAUAUGACUUGUCCGAGGAUGAAGACAUGGCGAGGUCUUCACUCGAACAGCAUCUUGCCGCGGAGCACGACGAUAACUCGUCAGAGGGUAUCCCAGAAGCCGUAAAGGCUACUCCUGGAGGCAUCCUCAGAGCUAGAAUGCGAGCUGUGAAGGACUCUGCUGGUCCCGUUCAGCUCGAAGUUGCAGAUGGCGACGAUUGGAUGGAGAUGUUGAGAAAGACCGUCAGCCCGGUGAAGCGGGACCGACAGCUUCUGCGAGAGCUGAACGACUCCCCUUCAAGACAGACCGGCCUGCUGAUCGACCUCGACAAGAGUGGACCUGACACUCUGCGAAAGUCUUCUAUUUGGAGGAAGAGCACAGCAAAGAACGAUAGGUUGGAUAAUUUCGCGGCAAGCACCAUUGGUAUGGAUAAAGGUCGUGGGUUUGCGACUAGCAUCGACCUGAUGAACUCAUUGUUUGAGAAGCCCAAGCCGGCACCUCAACAUCUACAAGCCCCAACUCCUAGCAGAGGCUUCCCCAAGUGGCCCUACGAGCGACAAGACAAGAAAAUGAAUUUGGAAGGCUACGAAAAGACCUUCCACGACGCUGGACGACCCACGUGGGGACCUGAUGAAACUCUCGUUUUUCCUCGACCUCUCGCCUUUGAGGGCGGUCGACGAUCUCUGAUUCAGAAUGCAGACCUUCUUUCUUUCCAACGUUCUACUAUCCAGACAGAUAGGCAAGAGCUCCGCCUGGCGACAUUUGCAACCGAGCAAUCCAAGCGAUAUCUUGGCAACCAGGACAAGCUCACGGAGAUUCGAAUUGUCGAUGAUGUUCCCUUUGCGUCACUUAACGCUGCCCAAUUACAGGAUGUUUUCCACCAACAGGAUUUGAAUGACCCUUCUAGUAUGCAGGAGAAGCACGUCUGGGAGCUGGCCAGUAUCCUGUUCGACCCCGUUGGCAAUGCCAGUCAACCCGAACACCUUAUCCGGAGGUCUAAGCUCUCUCGGUUCUGGUCUCUUCUCGUCGAUUCAGCCUCUUCAACCACUGUCGGUCUUGCAGGAUCAAGCGAGGAAAAGGCUGUUGCUUGUCUAGCUGGUCAUCGCAUUAUUGAUGCUUGUAAGCACCUGCUUGAUGGGAAGAACUUUCGACUUGCUACUCUGGUCCCCCUUAUUGGCACCAGUGAUGAUGCCAAGAAGGAGAUGCGAGAACAACUGAAGGCUUGGCACGAGUCGAAAAUGCUCUCGGAGUUUUCUGAAUCAAUCCGCACCAUAUACGAGCUUCUUUCCGGCAAUGCAUGCGUUUGCGAAGGUAUGAAGGGUGUUCCAGUUGAGGAUCGCUUGGAUUCUUUCGUUAUAUCGAAAAAGUUUGGACUCGACUGGAAGCAGGCUUUUGGCCUUCGACUCUGGUACUCAAUAGCUCAGCAUGAUGACUUGGCGACGGCGGUACAAGGAUUCAAGAAUGAUAUCGACCAGGAGAGGGAAUAUCUACCACUGCCAUGGUACAUCGACCAAGGCAUCAAGCCGUUGUGGGAUGAUGUUAAUUCUGAGCGCCGACAAGACCUCCUGUGGGGUUUGUUGCAGCUAUAUGCCAACGAAACAACCGACCUCGAGGCAGUCCUACGCCCCGAGAACUCGCAGCUCUCGCCACUCGACAUGCGACUCACAUGGCAGCUUGGCCUUGCCCUUGCGUCCAGUGGCAAGGUCUCUUUCGGAGAGGAUAGUACUCAGAAGGCUGACGCUGCUACUCUUGCAUUUGCCUCGCAACUUACGAGUGCUGGUGAGUGGCUCGAAGCUGUAUUUGUUUUACUUCACUUGAGCAAGCCACUUGCCCGAAAGAUGGCUAUUCAAGAACAUCUUGCUCGACACGCAGGUCUCAUUGGAGACGAGAACUCAUCCGCAUUUGUUAUCUUGACAGAAAAAUUCCAGGUCCCUUCACUGUGGAUUUGGGAGUCCCUCGCUUUGUAUAUGCGCAGCGUUAAGAAGGAUGCGUAUUCCGAGGUGCAGUGCCUCCUACGCGCUGGCUCCUUUGUAGAGGCCCACCGUGUUCUUGUCAACGAAGUUGCGCCGCUUGCCGUUGUGGAACGCGACUACGCCAACCUCUCUGCUCUUAUCUCGCAGUUCGAGGGCCGACAAGAUGCCAUCUCGGACUGGCGUCUGGGAGGAGAGAUUUACAGCCUUUUCCUUACUCUUGUUCAACAUCGCGCCCGACACGAGAGUGCCCCGCAGGCUGUCUUGGAAAAGCUGCUCGGGGGUCUGCAUGCCAUGAAUGAAGAAGCAGGAGAGUCAGGAGUCUUGCGGUAUGCCGCAGUGUCAGAUAUGGCGGACGAGACUGCCAAGGAGAUCCUCAAGGCUAGCAAGAAGAAACAGGAUAUGGAACUCAGGUCAAGAAUAUUGAACCUGCCUUUGACACAAGAUCGUCUGCUGGCUUACUCGGUAGACUUGAGCAUGGACCGGUACCGGGAAGUAAUGUCCCAUUAG